UACAUGCGGAUCGCAUACCGGAACGCCGCCGUAUCCGCCUGCCGUAUCCUCCUGGGCAGCGCGAAUGCCCCGAGGUGGAACACGAACCGGCGCGGCGCGUUUCAGGACAUCGCCGCGAAGGCGGACGACGUCGUGAUUUACGAGACCGGGUUCGCACACAUGCAGGGCACGAGAGUACAAAGACCUAUCGUCGCGAGCAUCAUCGCGCUUCUGAACGACCGCCUCGCGACUGUGUGGCGGCCGCAAAUGGAGUUCUCGAGCCCGUGGCUGUAC